UAGUUGCUCUCCGACCUGCUCUCCUCAGGCCCCGCUCCUGCCCCAAGCUCCGCCCAUCACCAAGUCCCUCCCUCGCUCUCAGCAGGCUCCGCCCGCUGCCCAGGCCUCGGUCUCCGGGUCCGCGCGCCGCUCCAUCGCUCGGGCGCGCGGCGGAAGAUGGCGGAGUCCGGCGGCAGCAGCGGCUCUGGCCAGAGCCCCGAGCGCCCGAGCAGCUUGGCCGACAGGAAUGGGGCCCUCAAGUGCACCUUCUCUGCGGCUGGCCAUAGCACUGGCCUCCUGCAGGGCCUGGCUGCCCUCCGUGCACAGGGCCAGCUGCUCGAUGUGGUCCUCACUGUCAACAGUGAAGCCUUCCAUGCACACAAGGUGGUCUUGGCGGCCUGCAGUGACUACUUUAGGGCCAUGUUCACUGGCGGCAUGCGUGAGGCCAGCCAGGCUGUCAUCCAGCUGCAGGGUGUGUCUGCACGUGGCCUGCGUCACAUCAUCGAUUUCGCCUACAGUGCUGAGGUGACACUGGACCUAGACUGUGUGCAGGACGUGCUGGGUGCUGCCGUGUUUCUGCAGAUGCUGCCGGUGGUGGAGCUGUGCGAGGACUUCCUGAAAGCUGCCAUGAGCGUAGAGACGUGCCUGCACAUUGGCCAGAUGGCCACCACCUUCAGCCUGACAUCACUUCGUGAGUCAGUAGAUGCCUUCACAUUCCGCCACUUUCUGCAGAUAGCAGCAGAGGAGGACUUUCUGCGCCUGCCACUCGAGCGCCUUGUCUUCUUUCUGCAGAGCAACCGGCUGCAGAGUUGUGCAGAGAUUGACCUGUUCCGCGCUGCUGUGCGCUGGCUGCAGCAUGAUCCGGCCCGCCGCGCCCGCGCCAGCCUCGUGCUACGCCAUGUGCGCUUCCCGCUCAUGCAGCCUGCCGAGCUGGUGGACAGCGUGCAGACACUCGACGUCAUGCUGGACGAUGCCCUGUGUCGCCAGUACCUGCUGGAGGCCUUCAGCUACCACGUGCUGCCCUGCCGCCAGCAUGACAUGCAGUCUCCACGCACAGCUGUGCGCUCCGAUGUGGCGUCCCUGGUAGCCUUCGGAGGCACACCCUAUACCGACAGUGACCGAGCUGUCAGCAGCAAGGUGUUCCAGUUGCCUGAGCCUGGGGCCCGCCACUUCCGCGAGCUCACGGAGAUGGAGCUGGGCUGCAGCCACGCGGGCGUGGCUGUGCUGGAUAACUUCGUGUACGUGGCUGGCGGCCAGCACCUGCAGCACCGCAGUGGCGAGGGCGCUGUGGACGCCUGCUACCGCUAUGAUCCACAGCGCAAUCGCUGGCUGCGGCUGCGGGCACUGCGUGAGAGCCGCGUGCAGUUCCAGCUCACUGCACUGGGUGGGCUGCUGUAUGCCACUGGUGGCCGCAAUCGUGCGGGCAGCCUGGCGUCUGUCGAGCGCUACUGCCCACGCCGUGACAGUUGGGACUUUGCCUGCCCACUCAAGCGCCGCACCUGGGGCCAUGCGGGGGCUGCGGCUGCUGGUCGCCUCUACAUCUCAGGUGGCUAUGGCGUCUCAGCGGAGGACAAGAAGGCGCUGCAGUGCUAUGAUCCAGCAGCCGACCGAUGGGAACCCAGGGCGCCCAUGCGUGAGCCCCGCGUGCUGCACGCUAUGUUGGGCGCUGCUGGCCGCAUCUAUGCCCUAGGUGGCCGCAUGGACCACGUGGACCGCUGCUUUGAUGUGUUGGCUGUGGAGUACUACGUGCCAGAUGCUGACCAGUGGACCAGUGUGACCCCCAUGCGUGCUGGUCAGUCAGAAGCUGGCUGCUGCCUGCUGGAGAGGAAGAUCUACAUUGUGGGUGGCUACAACUGGAGGCUGAACAAUGUCACAGGCAUUGUGCAGGUGUACAACACUGAGACGGAUGAGUGGGAGAGAGACCUGCACUUCCCCGAGUCCUUUGCAGGCAUUGCCUGUGCUGCUGUCCUGCUGCCCCGCUCAGGUCAUGGGAGGUAGCCCGGGAUCCCGGCCUGGCUGUGUUCCCCACAGGUGUAGACCCCGGCUAGGGGCUCCCCACCUCCCAGCCCCAAGUCAGCAGAGAGAUCUGGUCCCAAAGGUUUGGGCACCAUGGCAGCCAUUGCCUAAGGGGAGACCCGCUCUGUCCUGUGUUGUUAGGUCUUGAUUUCCCUCAACCCUAGCCCGACAGACAGAAGCUUGUAGAUGUAAAGCACCCAGUCCUGGGAGAAACAGCUCUCCCUGUCUCCUGACUGAAAUCUUCUGUCCAAAUCCUAGCCUGGAUUUCCCCAUGGGAUCCACAGGCAGAGAGGACUGCUCAGACUUACCCUCUGAACUCCAUGCGGGCACCAUGGAACACUCAUGCACGCACACAAUCAAAUGAGCGAGGUUGUAAAUCAGCUCUCGGGUGCCUGGACAGCAUUCAGGAGCCAGGAGCCAGAGAGUUUCCCAGAGGCACCCUGACAGGUGACAGAUGCAGCCAUGCUCCCUGUC